AAGUAACGGUGUAUGUAGAAGACUAGAGGUAGCUCCCCUGACUCCGUCCACCACCUUCCUCUUCCUUUCACCUGUCGUUUACGUUGGCUUUACGUCACCGUUUUGAUUGCGAAACGCAAACCUCCGCACCAUAAACACACGCACUUUCUAAGCAACUCUUCCUUAUUACUCUCUUUUCCCUCUUCGCUGCCACCAACCAUGAAACGCUGCGUCUUGCUCCCUCUGUUUCUGUUGAGUGUCCUCGUGGACGCGCGCUUCGUGGUGGAGAAGAGCAGCAUCACGGUCCUCUCGCCGCACAAGCUCAGGGCCAAACGCGAUGGCGCCAUCGGCAACUUCGGACUUCCCGACUACGGAGGGUUCAUCCUUGGCUCUGUCGUUUAUCCCGACAAAGGCUCCCACGCCUGUCACGCCUUCGACGGCGAUAAGCCCUUCAAGUUUCGCUCUAAUCGUCCCACUAUUCUUCUCCUUGAUCGUGGAGAGUGUUACUUUGCCUUGAAGGUUUGGCAUGCCCAAGAGGCUGGUGCUGCGGCUGUUUUGGUGACGGACAGCAUUGAUGAGUCUCUGAUAACCAUGGAUUCUCCCGAGGAGAGUUCUGAUGCAGAUGGCUACAUAGAGAAGAUUGUGAUUCCAUCAGCUCUGAUAGAGAAAUCCUUUGGUGAUACGUUGAAGGAAGCUUUGAAUAACAAAGAUGAAGUUUUGCUAAGAAUUGACUGGAGAGAGUCAGUACCUCACCCUGAUAACAGGGUUGAGUAUGAGUUUUGGACCAACAGCAAUGAUGAAUGUGGAGCUCGUUGCGAUGAACAGAUGAAUUUCGUCAAGAAUUUCAAGGGUCAUGCUCAGAUUCUUGAGAGGGGUGGUUAUACCUUGUUCACUCCACAUUAUAUAACUUGGUUUUGUCCACCGCCCUUCAUUCUUAGCAGUCAGUGCAAGUCUCAAUGUAUUAACCGUGGCAGAUACUGUGCCCCGGAUCCAGAGAAGGAUUUUGGAGAGGGCUAUGAAGGGAAGGAUGUGGUGUAUGAAAAUUUGAGGCAGUUGUGUGUCCAUAGAGUUGCCAAUGAGAGCAACCGUUCAUGGGUCUGGUGGGAUUAUGUGACAGAUUUCCAUGUUAGAUGCUCUAUGAAGGAGAAAAGAUACAGCAAAGAUUGUGCUGAGGAGGUCAUGAAAUCAUUAGAUCUGCCUUUGGAGAAAAUUAAGAAAUGCAUGGGUGAUCCUGAAGCGGAUACGGAGAAUGAAGUGCUAAAGAAUGAGCAACAAGUCCAGAUUGGGAGAGGUUCUCGCGGUGAUGUCACCAUCUUGCCAACAUUGGUUAUAAACAAUGUCCAGUAUAGAGGAAAAUUGGAGAGAACUUCGGUACUGAAGGCUGUAUGUUCUGGAUUUAAGGAGACUACUGAACCUUCAGUUUGUUUAAGCGGAGAUGUUGAGACUAACGAGUGUCUUGAAAGAAAUGGAGGAUGUUGGCAAGACAAAAAUGCUAAUAUAACUGCUUGCAAGGAUACUUUCAGGGGAAGAGUUUGCGAGUGCCCUAUUGUGAACGGUGUUCAGUAUAAGGGUGACGGUUAUACAACAUGUGAAGCUUUUGGACCUGCGAGGUGUUCUAUAAACAAUGGUGGUUGUUGGUCAGAAACAAGAAAAGGAGUGACUUUCUCAGCUUGCUCAGACUCCAAGGUAAAUGGCUGUCAGUGCCCGGUUGGGUUUCAUGGGGAUGGUAAUAAAUGCGAAGAUAUUGAUGAAUGUAAGGAACGAAGUGCUUGUCAGUGUGAUGGCUGCAGCUGCAAGAACACUUGGGGCAGUUACGAUUGUAAAUGCAAGGGAAAUCUUCUUUAUAUAAAGGAACAAGAUGUUUGUAUUGAAAGAAGUGGAUCAAGAUUUGGACGGUUCCUUGCCUUUGUGGUCAUCGCAGUUGUUGUGGGUGCUGGUCUAGCUGGUUACGUGUUCUACAAAUACAGGCUCCGGUCUUACAUGGACUCUGAGAUCAUGGCUAUCAUGUCACAAUACAUGCCACUGGACCAGCAAAAUAAUGUAGUUCAUGCAGAAGCUCAGCCUUUACGACAAGAAGGCACCGUGUAAGACAUACUUAAUGGGCUAAAAAUAGUCAAAGGAACCCGUUGCACUGUAGAAUCCACAUGAGAGAUGGAUUACAAACAUGACUGGCUACAUGGAUUUGAAUCCAUUUGACAAUGAAGGAAGAUCAGUACUUUACUGUAGGAUAAUUAUGUGCACGAUUGCAAUUCAUACAGAAAUUUUCUACAUGGUAUAAUUUUCGGUUUCCACAGUUUGUAAAUAGAACUUUUGAGAUGUAAAUGUACCUGAUAUAGAAAAUAAGGAUCCACGUGAUGUCACAGUACAACUUAUGAUGACAUUGAUGAAAAAUGUUGUCAAUACAAUACAUCGAUUUGGUUGUUCUGUGUGGCCUAA